GCUGACAGCUUCUCCACUUGAUGUGAGCAGAGUUGAGUUGCAGGAAGUUAUUUUGAGGGGCUUGCCUGUCACAGCUGUUGCCUCAGUCACCAGAGUCCUGUUGGACCCUCUUCACUUUUCUCUUUCUAUCCCCUGGACCUGCCACAUCUGUGAGAAUGGAGAUCAACGUCCAGUCUGUUGCAGAGGUCAUCCCAGCCCAGACCAGUGUGACUCCACCACCGUCCCCAGUCACAGCAGAGACCCCGGUCCCUCUACCCCAGGAGGGCCAGCACAUGGACCCCAUGGAGGAGUUUGGUCAUCGGCUGGAUGAAAUUAUCAACACCUAUGGCUCCGCAGCCAGCCUGAUAGAGAAACAGUGCAUCAUCCUGGAAACGGAUAAGGUGGAAGAGGAGGCAAGCGGAGAGGAAGCUGAUGAAGUCACAGCCGCCAAGAACACCAGCACGGGCAAGGAUGCAAAGAAGUUGCUGAAAGGCUUAGGAAAGGAGGGCACGCUUCUAAUGCAAAGUUUGAACAAGCUGUGCACGCCAGAAGAGAAACUGGAUGCUCUACUCAAGAAGUAUGCCGAACUGCUGGAGGAGCGUCGAGGGGAGCAGAAGCAGCUGAGGUUCCUUCAGAAGAAGCAGGGCCACAUGGGGAAGGAGAGGGACCAGCUCCAGUACGAGCACAGCAGAGCCAUCCUGGCCCACAGCAAACUGGAGGGCCUCUGCAGGGAACUCCAGAGGCACAACAAGACCCUCAAGGAGGAGACCCUUGCGCGUUGUCGUGAGGAUGAGGAGAAGCGCAGAGAGAUCACCACUCACUUCCAGAGCACGCUGACAGACAUCCAGGCUCAGAUCGAGCAGCACAGUAACCGCAACAACAAGCUGUGUUCGGAGAACACCAACCUGGCAGACAAACUCAAACACAUCAUCAGCCAGUAUGAGCAGAGAGAGGAGAGCUUGGAGAAGAUCUUCAAGCACCACGACCUGCAGCAGAAGCUGUCUGAUACCAAACUGGAGCAAGCUAAUGCACAGCUGCAGGAGGCAGAGGAGAAGCACAAGAGAGAAAAGGAAUAUUUACUGGUACAUGCAGCUGAGUGGAAACUACAAGCUAAACUUCUGAGAGAGCAAGAGACUGUCAUGCAGGCUCAGCUUGCUCUGUACUCCCAGAAGUUUGAAGAGUUCCAGACUACGUUGUCUAAGAGCAACGAUGUGUACGCCAGCUUCAAAAAUGAAAUGGAGAAGAUGACAAAGAAGAUGAAAAAACUUGAUAAAGAGUCGAAUGUUUGGAAGACCAGAUUUGAGAGCACUAACAAGGCUCUCUCGGAGAUGAUUGAAGAGAGGACUGUGAAGGAGAAUGAGUAUGAGAUGUUCGUCGUGAAGAUUGACAAGCUGGAGAGGCUCUGCCGAGCACUCCAGGAUGAGAGGAAGAUCCUGUACUCCAAGAUCAAAGGCAUUCGCCAAACGCCUGACGCCACCGAGGGGACACCCAAGGACGAGACACAGGAGGUGGCCACUGAACCAGUCCACAGCCUCAUGGACAUAGUUGAGGAGCCAGAGAUGACAGAGGAGAUGGCCCGUCUGAGGGCUGAGCAGAACAGGCUGGCGGAGUUCGCAGCCUCCCUACUGGCCCCGUCUACAGGAGACGAUGAUGACGAUGACUCUGACAGCGAGGAAGAGCCAGAGUCUACAGAACCUGCUGAGGCCCAGAAGAUCCCUGAACCAACAAAGGCCCCAGUACAGGUAGUGGUAGAGGCACCAGCACAUGCAGAGGAACCAGAACCAACAUAUGCAGAUACACCAGCACAGACUCCAGCACAAGUAGAGGCACCAGCGCAGGCUCCAGCACAGGCUCCAGCACAAGUAGAGGCACCAGCACAGGCUCCAGCAGAGGCAGAGGCACCAGCACAAGUAGAGGAUCCAGCAGAGGCUCCAGCACAGGCUCCAGCACAAGUAGAGGCACCAGCACAGGCUCCAACACAGGUAGAGGCUCCAGCACAAACAGAGGCACCAGCACAAGCUCCAGCACAGGCUCCAGCACAAGUAGAGGUACCAGCACAGGCUCCAGCACAGGUUCCAGCACAAGUAGAGGUACCAGCACAGGUGGAGGCACCAGCACAGGCAGAGAUGGCUGCCCCAGUCCAGCCAGAGACCCCAAAACAGCCAGAGCCCUCCGCCAAGAAGCAGACGCCAAAAAAGAAGAAUGCAAUUAAGACUAGCUGAACCGACGAAUGUGUCAUUUUGUGAGCGUUAGAACUAUAGUCCCUGUGCCUCGUGUUAUGGUUGAGUUGAGAUAUCCAAUCCAACUUGGUUUGUCUAUAUACUGUUUUAUCUGAAGUGGUGUGCAGUAGAAGUAUGUUUAAGUCGUAUACCAGAUGAGGACAGACAGAGAUUUACUGCAUAACCAAAGAAUAGGUAGAAAGGUUAUUCAGGACAAUGCACCCUCAAAACUUUCCAAUGCCGAAUGUUGCCUUGCGCAAAUAGCAUCAGAACAGUCACUGUCUUUUUUGACUUUUUCCAUCUGAACCCCUAUAAUGUAACUUCAAUAAAUAUCUAAUUGUAGACUAUGUAGA